AUGCCGACCAUUCACAGAAAAUCCUUGUCUGAAUCAUUGCCUAGCUUUGUACAGCCAGUUGCUGUGCAGUGCCAGGAAACCCAAAUGGUGGUAGUGGUCUAUAGAGAUCUGUUUGGGACAGGCCAACUGAUCCAAGCAGAUGAUUUCAGCCUUGGCCCACAAGGCUGCUAUCAUACUUCCACUGGUGCCUCUGACAAGCUGGUGGUGUUUGAAGUGGGGCUUCAUGCAUGUAGCAGCAAAGUACAGACAACCUCAGACUCCUUGAUCUACCACACAAGUCUGUACUAUAAUCCAAGCUUUGCAAGCAAUUCAAUAACAGUGGGAAACAGCCCAAUUGUGAUUCCUAUUGAAUGUCAUUACCCCAGGAAAGAGAAUGUGAGCAGCCGUGCUAUAAAGCCUACCAGGAUUCCAUUUAACUCAACUGUGUCUGCAGGGGAUAAGCUGCUCUUCUCCUUACGUCUGAUGAAUGAUAACUGGAGUGCAGAGAGAACUUCCACUGGAUAUCGGUUGGGUGACAUUCUCCAUAUUCAGGCAGAUGUCUAUGGUGGAAACCAUGUACCUCUGAGGCUAUUUGUGGAUAGCUGCGUGGCUACACAAGAACCAGGCAAAGACUCCACUCCAAAAUAUGCGAUAAUUGACUUUCAUGGAUGCCUUGUAGAUGGGAGAAUAUAUGGUGCAUCAUCAGCCUUUAGAAUGCCAAGAUCCCAACAGGAAACACUCCAGUUCACAGUAGAAGCAUUCAGAUUUGCUGGAGACACAAAAAACACGAUCUAUGUCACAUGCCAUUUGAAAGUCACUGCAGCUGAUGAGGAGCCAGAUCUCUUAAAUAAAGCUUGUUCAUUCAACAAUCAGAGGAACAGUUGGCUUCCAGUAGAAGGCUCCAAGGACAUUUGCAGUUGUUGUGAAAUGGGGAACUGCCCUUCACCCAGAGGAUGGUCCAAUGCAGUCAACCCCAGCAAUUCUGCUUCAACGAGGGAGAAGAAACUAAUGUUCAGUAGGCCAGAAGAAAUGGUGGAUGAUCUUGUGGUGGGACCUCUUUCAAUAUUUGAUGUUGACCAGGAGCACCAAAAAGAUCAAAUGGAAGCAAAAGGCAUUCCUACUGUGAUAGAAGUGGAGGCUGACUCUGCAAUUGGUCCCCAGUUUAUCCUCCAAACAGAUAAAGAAUUAAGUGAGCUUCUCGUCUCGGAAACUGUGACAUCAAAUGAUAUGAUGCUAGAUGAAACAUAUGAGAAUGGUUUUAUGGAUGCCAAGAUGAGUACUGGCACAGAUGAGAGUUCAGGAGACUUAACAAUACUGGGGAAAGGGACCAAGAUGCCAUUGCAAGGUAGAACAUCUGAGAAGCAGUCUUUCCAGGAGAAUUUUAUGGCCAUAGCAGCUGGAACUCUGAUGCACGUCCUGCUUAGAUAUAUCUUUUAGGCACUGUCUAUUCUUCUGCUGUAUACAUAUAACAAUAAACAAAAUUAGCAUU